ACCGCGUCAUGCGCGCCGACCGCGGCGUGCUCUACAUGAGCGAGGUCGACAUCGGCCUCCCCCUCCCGCCCUACUUCGUGCACGUGCUCCGCGCCAAGAUCUCCCAGGCGCAGGCCCUGCGGGACGUGGUGCUGCGCGGGAAGAAGCUCCGGGCGCCCGAGGCCAGGGAGAUGGGCGUCGUCGACGUCGUCUGCCCCGGCGCCCCCGAGACCGCCGCCGAGGCCCUCAAGCUCGCCGAGCAGCUCGCCGCCAGGAAGUGGGACGGCGCCGUGUACGCGUCGAUUAGGAUGUCCAUGUUCCCCGAUGCGUGCAGGGCCGUCGGGAUCGCCGUGGAGAGCGACGAGGAGAAGAGCAGGCACUUCGCCUCCAGGCUCUGAUCAGGACACAGAUUGGAGAUUGCGCUAUUGGGCUGAAGCCAAAUUAUAUUCCUAUGCUUUGGAUGAUAGAUGCCGUAAGAAUCUGCCUAGUUUGAGCAGUACUUGUAGUACUCCAGAGUAGCUUCGAUCUGAUUGAGGUCAUCACAAGAUGCAGCUAGAGGGCUCACUCGAAUUGUCCUCACCAUUUUGUUUUGUUUGUAUAAUUCUAGUUAGAGAUGAAGCCUCUUCAGAUGUGGGUACCCAAGCUAUUAGAUGUGCUAAACUAACACUCUGUACAGCCUUGUGAAAUCUGAAUACGAGUGCAUGAAGAUUUAUCUGUCAA